AUGCUCAUGGGCGAGGCAGGUGCCGGCAAGACAACCCUGUUAUACAGCCUCUGCGGCUUUCAGGACUUUGCUACAAUCCCUACGAUUGGUUUAAAUGCGGAGGAUAUUACUCUCCGCGAUGGAUCGGGAUGGAAGUUCACCUUGUGGGAUCUGGGUGGCGGUUGUGGGAAGCAGAGACCGCUCUUCAAGCACUAUCUUACAGCAGAUAGGUUUUGUGUCUUCCUGCACGAUAUCGGCCAGGACAAUUGCGCAGAAGAAUCCAUUGCAGCUUUCCAGGGUGUUCUGGAAGACUGUUCAUCCGGUGGCUGCAGGCACAUUUGGGUAGUUUUCAACAAACAAGAUUUGAUCAGGUCGGAGGACGAGCGAUUGGCAAAACUAGGAACCAUGGCGGGCAAGUACCGAGAUCUGGCUGCGCCGUUUGCAGACAAGGUCCAGGUGAGAAUCUUACUGCUUCCGGGCUUUGACGCAGCCAAGCACAUUCGGAUAGACGAUAUGCUGAGCGAGAUCCGCAAAGCGCUGCAGCAGGAGGCCAAGCUGGGAGCAGUUGGGCAUGGCAAGGUUGCGAGAGAGGCGAGCGCCGAGGCCUCUCCUAGCGAGGAGGACCUGCGAAUUGCGGUAGAGAUGGCCGUGGCCGGCCAGCGCGAGCAGCCUUCGGAUGCGUUUUGGGAGAAUUUUUUGGGGGGGACUCUGACCUCGUGGGACCAUGCAUCACAUCUCCGAGCAGGACUGGGCGUAAUCCUUGAAGGCUAUCUGAAGCCGAGAGGACUCUUCGCGUGGACGGAUGAUUUCAUCGGCCAUCUGGAUCGACUGCGAGAAGACCGGCCUGAUCUCUUUCGCAAUACGGCACACAGAACUAUGACCAUGUUCUGGCUGCACCGGAUCCACGGAGCCUUGAAAGGAUACAUGGCGAGCACGAUAGCCGCCCAUAGCUCCCAGAAGACCUUUCAUCUUCCCCAGCUCGACGAGUUUCCCCCGAUCUUGCGAGCGGACUGCCGUCUGAUGGACAAAAACCUCUGGCGGCAAUUCUAUUCGCAGGGUCUGAUGUUCAGUCCGCGGGCCAAGAAUGAAUGGUGCCUGCCCGACCUCGCCAUGCUGCCGGACACGAUCACGGCGCCGUCGACCAGUGUUGUCCACACGGCGGGAAGUCUAUCGGGGUCCAACACGACCGGACUCGCCGGCGCCGAUCUGCGGCUACCCCGGUUUGCCUUCACGGUCGUCAAGAAGACGCUUUCUUCCGGAUCUCGCCGCGGUCGCAUUGUCAAACGCGCCCUCGAGGUCCUGCAAAAGGCCACGAUGCGCCAGCGGGCGGCAGCAGCUACGGGCAUGUCACCGUCGCCACCGCCGCCUCCAUACUCAGAGACACAGGCCUACUUCUGGAUCCAAUAUGUGCAUGCGUGCCUCACUGUGCCCAAGAGGGACGGAUUACCACCGCUACAGAAAGAGCUUCCAGACUACGGCUCGUUGCGGAACCUCAGCUUUUCUGUCUUUCAAGCCAUGUUCUCACUGCGCGGAGACGAGUGGCGGAAGUUCUACACGGCGCAGCUGUGGGAGGGCGUCGGGUCGCGGCCGCAGAUGCUGCUGCCAGACCGGAGGCAGCUGCCCAACGUCUUUCCGGUACCUGACAGCCAAAGCCUAGACCGUGCCAAGAGCAUGCUGGUGCAGGAAGUGUACCAGGCCACGGGAAGUUUGGAAGAUGGGGUGGCGCCGACCUUGGAGAAGAUGACGGAGGAGGAGCUUGCAUUCUUUGCAGAUCUGGUCGUAGACGAGGCUGAGCAGCUUCCUGAGGAUGAAGGGGCAGCCGCACUGACAGGCCUGAACGGCGAUGACAGCGACAAGACGCGGACAGACCAGAUUGGCGGUCAAUACCAGACCAUCGCCCGUGCAGAGCUGCUGCUGUUUAUCUUCCGCGGCUUAACAAAUGCUGACAUAAGCACACAUGCGGCCUUGUCUGAUGUAUCUAUCCGCAUUACCGGGCUGUUGCAGUCGGGCUGGCACCGGUGCAGCGGCGUCACGCAGGCGUUCUUCUGGGUGCGCAUGGUCCUGGGGGCUCUGCUGCAGCGGCGCGAGGACAUGGCCAGAGUCGCAUUUGGCGAAUUUGUGCGGCAGCACCCAGAGCUGGCACUGGACGGCCUGCAGUGGACGUACUAUUCACCUGAAGUGUGGGAGAGCGUGGAGGCAAAGGACACAUACGUGAUGCCAGAUAGGCAGGCCCUGGCAAGCACGUCAAUCUGA